AUGUACUUGCCGUCCGGCCAGUACGCCUACGCGUACCAGCAGAUCGUCGCAAGGGCUCGAGGACAAGCCGCCUGCUCGACCUUCCUCCUCGUCGCUCCCGACGUCGACGCCCUGUGCGCCGCCCGCCUCCUGUCGGCUCUCCUCAAGACCGACGACGUGCCGCAUCAAACCGUGCCUGUCGGCAGCUGGGCCCAACUCGCCGACGAGGCGCAGCAGCUCAGGGACGAGGAGAUCCGCAACCUCAUCUUGAUCAACCUCGGCGCGACCGCCGACCUGUACGCCCUCUUCGGCCUGGGCGACCCUGCCUCUGGCCAGAGAGGCCUCGACUUCCCGCCCUCGUGCAUGAUUCACGUCGUCGACUCGCACCGACCCAUCGCCCUGUCGAACCUGUUCACGCGGUGCGACUACGCCCAAGCCGUCUUCGAUCCUCGACGAGUACGCGCGCUCGGUGCGGCGGGCGGCGCAGGCGCGGCGGCGAGGGCAAGGUUGGCGCCGCUGCCCGAGGAGGAGCUGUGCGUCGUCGUGUGGGACGAGGUGAGGGAGAAGGCGCUCGAGGGUGGGCCCGGCGACGACAACAUCGACCCCGAGAACCCGUGGCAGCGCGAGGGCGAGGCGUUCCAGGAGCUGCAGCCCUAUCCCGACACGGACUCGGACGACUCGGACGACUCGGACGACGAGCCAGAACAAGACGACGAGGACGAGGACUCGCAGAACGGGCGCAGGAAACGGCGGCGGACCGACUCGCCGAAACCGAUGUCGAAGGAGCAGCGACGAGCGUAUCGGGCGCAGCUGGCCAAGUACGAGGCCAAGGGUUCGAGCUUUGGGCAGAGCGUCGCCGGCAUGAUGUACCUCCUUGCCGAGGGGCUCGGGCGCGCAGACAUCGACUCGGUCUGGCUCGCCAUCCUCGGCCUCACGCACCAGCUCACCAACUCGCUCAUCGACCUCUCGGCGUACGAGUCGCUCCAGUCGCUGUACGCGACCGAGGUCGCGCGCCUCUCGUCGACGGCGGCCGCCCUCGAGGCCGGCAACGUGUCGACGACGCACGCCUCGACGUCCGAGCGCGACCGCUCGAUCCGCCCGAGCGACGAGCUGCGGUUCUGCCUGUUCCGCCACUGGAACCUGUACGACGCCAUGUUCCACUCGGGCUACCUCGGCGGGAGGAUGAAGCUGUGGACCGUCGAAGGCCGCAAGAAGUUGAGCGGGUUGCUCGCCAAGAUGGGCCUGUCGCUGUCCGAGUCGUCCGAGACGUACGCCCACAUGUCGACCGACCUCAAGACGUCCCUGUUCCCGAUGCUCAACGAGCAGCGCGCCGCGUACGGCCUGUGGGACCUCACCUAUCCGUCGUUCAUCCGCAAGUCGGGUUGGCGCGUCGACCUGUCGGCGUCCGACUGCGUCGAGGCGCUCGGCGCCAUGCUCGAGGCGGCGACGGGCGUCCGGCUCGACUUCUCGUCGGCGACCGACGGCAGGAGGGCGCUCGUCGGCGGCGAGGGCGGCAUCGCGGGCGGCGUCGGGCAGCACAGCGCGGCGACGCAGCACGGCGGGCGCGAGGAGUGGGCGCAGGGCAUGCGCAGCUGGGUCGCCAAGGGCGCGCCCGGCGGCGUCGAGGGCGACAAGGAGAACCUGAACCCGGACGGGACGGUCAAGGACAAGGACGACGAGGGCAUGACGGACAAGGAGAAGCGCGCGAGGCGGGACCGGGACGAGUCUGACGCGAGGCGGCAAAACUUCUGGUACGCGUGGGAUGCGCUCGACCCUGAAGACACGUCCCUCCUUCGCAAAGCGCUCCCGCUCUCGAUGGCGCUCCACCGGGCCGUCAUCACGCAGGGCUCGUUCCUGUUCGACAAGCAGGCGAUCCGCAUGUUCCGCUCGUACCGCCUCGCCAUGCUCAAAGAAGGGCCCGACCUCGCCGUGUUCCAGCACCCGGCGACGCUCCUCCGCCUCGCGCACUGGCUCGUCGACUCGAUUCGCGCCCUCCUCGAGCACCACACGGCCGCAGGCGCGGGCGGCGGCGGCGCGUCGGGCGCCGCCAAGAACCUGCCGCUCGUCCUCGCGGCGCUCAACGAGCAGAGCGACAAGUUCCUCGUCGUCGGCGUCGUUCCCGCCGACGAGUUUGGCGACGUGCGGCGCAACCGGUUUGGGCGAGCGUUCGAGGAGGCGGCGAUCCGGUCGAGGGCCAAGGCGCAGCAGCGGUACUUUGACGCGAGCGUCGUCGAGGUCAGGAGGGACGAUUUCGACAAGUUCCUCAAGGACCUCUCGAUGGGCUAG